CCUACAUGUUCCUACAUGCGAAUACAUGUCCCCCUUACCGCUCCCUUACCACUCCCUACCAACCCUACCAACCCUACUCGUUCCUGUUGAAAACUAGCCUGACCCCCAUCGACUCCGCUCACGGGUCGUCUUAGUCUGGUUUCCCCUUUCUUCCCCCUUCCCCAUUCCCCCUUCGAUCCGCGGAAGACGGUUCACGGCGAAGCGCAUAUGCAGGUCAUAUCAUAACUGAGUGAUCGAUCUAGGUGCAUGCGAAGGUAUGGGUGAGCCAUGUCGCGGAUAAAUGGCUUCCCAGCGACAGCCGCCAGGAGGAGCAGGAAGGGUGCGCCACGGAGAUUUUCGUGCGACUGGCCCGGUUGCGACAAGAUCUAUUCUAGGGCCGAGCAUCUUCAGAGACAUCAACUCAACCAUGACCCCAAGACCAUAUAUACGUGCGAUGUGCCGGACUGCACACAGACAUUCGUAAGGCCGGACUUGCUAGCACGUCACAAGAAGCGCCAUUCGGCUUCCUACAUCCCUAGGAACCGUACUAGCAGCUUCAGCAUUCCUACGAAGGAGACAGCUCAAGACAUUCCUGUGAUGCCUUCACCUAGCAUGGCCACGAAUGUAGCUGGACCACCACGACCAGCAACGUUUCCUCAGCAGCCUGCGAGUGCUCCUCGUAAUGCUGCUGUUCUCUUAACAUCUGACUCUCCAGUUCAGGCUCAACCUCCACCUUUGCCACCUCCUAUAGCGCCCACGCAGCCAAGUCCGCUUGCUCAUAACGUACCUUGGACAUCUUCUAUGGAUGCUGUUAACCUUAUACGCCAGAAGCCCAGUUUCUACGGCCGUGAACAUCCACCGAUGCAUGAACAUUCUACCUUCGUACCGUAUCAUAACGUACCAGUGCCGGGUGGUGCUGAUGAGCUGGACACUCGAGAAAAUUUUGGUGUUUGGCUCUUUGAUCCUCAGCAGACGUACAGAGACCUAAACUUCGCGAACGUUCCCUUCCUCGAGGGCGGUCUGGAAUCACCAUUCAAUAAUAAUAUCCAUUAUGACCACGAAUCACUCGCUAGCCGAUCUCAGCUAGAUCUUACGCCCCCACGACACCCCGAUAUGCCCGACGAGCUUAUCUCCGAGUACCGCCGUCAAGAGGUUCUACGUUACGUGCAACUAUUCCACCAGAAGCAAAAUAGGUUCGAUUCGAAGCUAGCAGGUCUUAUGCAAGAGGCUGGCGACGAUAUACCAGGUCUAAGCUUGGAAUUCCUACGAGACUGCAUGCGACAUUACUGGGAUUUUGUAUCACCAAGGUUACCCAUCGUUCACCAGCCAACAUUUUCUUCGCCGCAAUGUUCUAUCUUCCUUCUCCUGGUUAUGAUCGCUUUGGGAGCUGCUCAGAUCUAUAGUCGAGAGAAGACGCGCGAACUAGUCGAGUACAAAGCGUUUGCUGACCUCAUAAUAUCGAACGUCCGUUUCGAAAUAUUAACCGCCGACGACGCAUCUCCUCCGGUGGAACUUUGGGUUGCCCAGGCCUUACUCUUGCUAGAGUUCUAUGAGAAGAUGUACUCAUCUAGGAAUCUCCACGAGAGGGCGCACGUUUAUCAUUCCGUGACCCUGACUUUACUUAGACGAGGUAGCCCCUUGAUUGGAGGCGCGGGAGCCGAAUCGCCUUCCGACGAGCAGAAUGGAUCAGAGCAUCCCGCAACAUCAGACGCGAGGACUUGGUGGGUGAAGUGGGCUAGGACGGAAUCGAUGCAUAGAGUCGUCUUUGCUGCGUUCAUGAUGGAUAUUGUUCACGCCGCAAUGUUCGGGCACGCUGCCGAUAUGGCCCCUCAGGAAAUUCGCCUACCCUUACCUUGUGACGAAUCCUUAUGGUCUGCGUCGAGUCCGGAGAUUGUGCGUCAUCACGAUUCGAAUUUCAGGUUAUAUGGUGUGAAACCUGUCUCGUUUCUAGACGGAUUAAAACGCGCCAUUCACGGGAAGGAAGUCCAAACACAUGCGUUUGGCCGAAUGAUCAUAAUGUGCGGUCUCCUAAGUGUCGGCUGGCAUCUUAGACAUCGAGAUACGCAUCUCAAGUGGCUGGAACUAGGAUCUGGUUCCUCAGAUACCCGAGAAAAAUGGUGCAAUAUGUUGUUGAAAGCAUUUGAUGAUUGGAAGACCAGCUUUGAUGCGGCUAUUGGCUCAAGUGACCCCGAAUCGGACGGCUCUGGACCGCAAUCUCAUUCGAAUGGACUCAUCCAAAGUGCAUCGGUGCUCUACCACCUCGCCCACAUCAGUUUAUACAUCGACAUCGUUGACUGUCAGGUUUAUGCGGGAGCGAAACGGUUACUUGGCCGCAAAGUGUCUACGAGAGAUUACACUAAUGUCGUUAAUCGAAUGUCGAAUUGGUCGAGUCAACUCGCGACGCGCCAUGCAAUCCUACACGCCUUCAAACUGCUUCAUCGGAUUCUUGUGGAUCCUCGCCAGAAGAAGAAUAAUGGUUAUGUCCAUAAUCCCGCGGAUGUGUUUGGAAUGCAAUAUUCGUGCCGUCGCGACCCCGAUCCCCAUCGACCAUGGAUUAUGUACUAUGCGACAUUGAGUAUCUGGUCUUAUGUACGAGCACGAACCCAGUCAAGGGACCAAUCGAAUACACUUCGACCACUCCCGCAACAAUUGCAGGGCAAUUCUACCGGGAUUUUCGAUUACCUAUCUAAAAUCACGAAGCUUUCAGAGCUUGAUGCCACCACACCAGCGAAUCUCCAGGAUGGAUUGCCCAAUCUGCUUGAUGCAAUAGGGACUCUUACAUCCGAGUCACCCUCGGAGUUGCUUAAAGAAGCGUGUGGUCGACUAGAUAUGUGCAAGCAUAUGCUUUACCACGGAGAGGCUUGAAGUAGAUCUCUAUCGAGCAUGUCUGUCGAGGCCUAAUUUUUAUCUAGCAUGCGGCAUGGAUUUCAAUGGGCAUGGAAAAGUGCGUUAUUGGUGGAACGAGUCAUGCGGAAUGAGUCUUCAUUACUAUUACUACCUAGGCACCUACCUAGUUUCUACAUCUCGUCACUAAUUACUCCAGAAGACCGGCUUGAAAAUAGUCAGGUCAGCUGUGUGCUUACAUUGGGGCAUUGGAGUUUUCUCAUCUGAGGCUUAUCUUACCCGAAAACGAUGAGUGGUUCGAUACUCGGCUCGUUGACAAAGGUGCAUCAGGCGAGUGAGG